AUGAGAGGUUCUGUGUUGCCUUCGGUCCAGAUGAAAAAAUCCUUUGCAUGGCGGCCACAAUUGAUGAAGGAUAUUAUGAUCAUGUCCAAGUCAAGGCCUCGUCCACCAUUGAAAAGACCAACAUGGAUUAUUGCAUUGGUUUCGUUCGUCUGUGUUUUUUUUAUUGUAGCCUAUUUCUACCCACCGAGAAGCUCUGCCACCUGCUAUCUCUUUUCUUCUAGUGGUUGUACUGUGUUUGGAAAGGAUCCACCUGGUCCUGCAAGGGAAUUGACUGAUGAUGAGACUGCAUCUGAUGUUGUAGUUAAGGAAAUUCUCAAGACACCUCCUCUUCAAUCAAAGAACCCCAAAAUUGCUUUCAUGUUUUUAACUCCUGGUACAUUACCUUUUGAGGAGUUAUGGGAAAAUUUCUUUCAAGGCCAUGAGGACAAAUUCACUGUUUAUGUACAUGCUUCUAAGCAAAAACCAGUACAUGUAAGCCGUUAUUUUGUUGACAGAGACGUACAUAGUGAGCAGGUCGUUUGGGGAAAAUUUUCGAUGGUUGAGGCAGAGAAGAGACUUUUAGCAAAUGCACUUUUAGACCCUGACAACCAACAUUUUGUCUUGCUGUCUGAUAGUUGUAUACCACUACAUAACUUCGAUUAUGUAUAUAACUAUCUCAUGUACACAAACGUCAGCUUUAUUGAUUGUUUUGUUGAUCCUGGUCCACACGGAACUGGCCGGUAUUCAGAACAUAUGUUGCCUGAAGUUGAAAAGAAGGAUUUUCGGAAGGGUUCACAGUGGUUCUCUAUGAAGCGGCAACAUGCAAUUGUCAUGAUGGCAGAUAGUCUUUACUAUACAAAGUUCAAGCUUUACUGCAGGCCAAACAUGGAUGGGCGCAAUUGCUAUUCGGACGAGCAUUACCUGCCAACUUUCUUUCAAAUGAAAGAUCCUAGUGGACUUGCGAAUUGGUCAGUAACAUAUGUUGAUUGGUCUGAAGGGAAGUGGCACCCAAGAGCAUAUAGAACUCAGGAUGUUACUUAUGACCUCCUUAGGAACAUCACGUCCAUCGCUGAGAGCACACAUAUUACAAGCGAAGACAAGAAGCAAUUACUGACCACUCCUUGCUUCUGGAAUGGGAUGAAGAGACCCUGUUUUCUAUUUGCCAGAAAGUUUUAUCCUGAAACUUUGGGGAAACUGCUGCAGCUUUUCUCCAAUUACACAAAAGUCUAA